AUGGGUAUGUUCACGGAGCUCCCAGAGGAAUUCAAGGAGGUGGACGUGAUCAUUGUCGGAGGGGGGACGGCGGGAUGUGUGCUCUCUUCUCGUCUCGCCGAAGCUGACCCAAGCCUUUCAAUUCUCGUUAUCGAGCUGGGUAUGAACAACUACAAUGUGCCCCAAGUCGUCCAGCCCGCCCUAUUCCCGCUGAAUCUCGACCCCGGCAGCAAAUACACCCUCUUCUGGAAAGGCAAUAGGGCACCACAGCUGGCAGAUAGGGAGCCUAUUGUGCCUUCGGGGAACACUUUGGGUGGUGGCAGUUCUAUAAACUGGAUGGUCUACACUCGGGCUCAAAGAUCUGACUUGGAGUCAUGGAAGACGCCCGGUUGGUCGUCCAAAGAGCUGUUGCCAUUCCUGAAGAAGUUCGAAACCUAUCAUGGCCGAGGUGAAAAGGAGCUGCAUGGCGAUAGCGGUCCUAUCAACAUCUCAAGCGGUACUUUCCGAGCCACCCGAGCCGAGAACGAAUUCAUUGACGCUGCGGCGAAGAUGGGCUACCGUGAGCUGAAGGACUUACAGAACCUUGACUCCAAUAAUGGUACCGAGCGCUGGCUACGUUACGUUGGCCCAGACGGACGACGCCAGGAUGCCGCGCACAGGUUUCUUCACCCAAAGCUGCAGAGCGGUCACUAUCCCAACUUGCACGUCCUCACAGAAAACCAAGUUGUGAGAAUCCUUCUGGACGACAACAAAAGAGCGGUUGGAGUGGAGUACAGGCCCAAUCCCAAAUUCCAAGCUGCUGCUCGCGGGAAGGCUCUGCUGACUGCCCGCGCUUCGAAGCUGGUGGUUGUCUCGGCCGGCGCCAAUGCUACGCCACUGAUUCUUGAGCGAUCGGGGAUUGGUGACUCACAGAUUCUCAAACGCGCCGGGGUUCCUGUUAUCGAGGACCUGCCUGGUGUGGGGAACGAUUACCAGGAUCAUCACCUGACCCUAUACACCUAUCGAACCAGCUUAACGCCCAACGAGACGAUUAAUGCCUUCGCUGACGGGCGACUGAAUGUGCAGGAAGAGAUCAGGAAGAACAAUAAGCAGCUGGGCUGGAACUCGAUGGAUGCCUCUGGCAAGUUUCGUCCCACCGAGGCUGAAGUCGAAGCGCUCGGGCCCGACUUUAAGAGGGCGUGGGAUCGCGACUUCAAGAAUUCACCCGAUAGGCCCCUGAUGAUCAUUGCCAUGUACUUGAGCUUCUUCGGUGAUCAUUCCACGUUGCCGGACAACUCGGAGUAUGUCUCUAUGGCCAACUGGACGGCAUAUCCCUAUUCGCGUGGGCAUAUCCACAUCACAGGACCGAAUGUCUCUGAUCCCAUUGACUUCGACGUUGGCUACUUGAAAGACCCCAAUGACAUUGAUGUCAAGAAGCAUAUAUGGGCGUACAAGAUCCAGCGCGAGAUCUUCCGUCGCAUGAAUAUCUUUCGCGGCGAGUUGGCAGCAGACCACCCCAAAUUUCCUCCGGGCUCUAAGGCCGCCGUCGUCGAGACGGCGGAUGGUCCUGUCGCCGACGAUGCAAAACGCGUCCAGUACACUCCCGAGGACGACAAGGCCAUCGAAGAGAAUAUCCGCAAGAUCGUCACUACAACUUGGCACUCAUUGGGAACCUGCAAGAUGGCGCCAAGAGAACAAAAGGGUGUCGUGGAUGCCAACCUGAGCGUGUAUGGCACCAAGGGCUUGAAGCUCGCGGAUCUGAGCAUUGUGCCUGAGAAUGUCGGCGCAAACACGAAUAACACUGCUCUGUUGGUUGGAGAGAAGGCAGCUGACAUCAUUAUCCGAGAAUUGGGUCUAGGUGGGAAAACCAGGGGACGCGAUGCUGGGGGAUACUCGAGAGAGAACCUCAAUAUUGCCCGACUUUGA